GCACCGCGAAAUAUCGAUCCCGUGUGCAAAGAACACGGAACGGAAUCGCGCGCUGAGGCUCCGCCGAGCAGUUCUAACAUUUACACCAAACGAAUUGGUUGUGUCUGGCUCACACUUCACCUAUUUUAAUUUAUAAAUCGUUCAAUUUAAACCCUAAACUAGAACAAUGGGUGUACCAGCCGGUGAUGUCGAAAAGGGCAAGAAGCUCUUCGUCCAGAGGUGCGCACAGUGCCACACCGUAGAAGCCGGCGGCAAGCACAAGGUCGGCCCCAACCUCCACGGCCUCUUCGGCAGGAAAACCGGUCAGGCCGCCGGCUUCGCCUACACGGACGCCAACAAAGCCAAGGGCAUCACGUGGAACGAGGACACGCUCUUCGAGUACCUCGAGAACCCGAAGAAGUACAUCCCCGGCACCAAGAUGGUCUUCGCCGGGCUGAAGAAGCCGAAUGAGCGCGGCGACCUCAUCGCCUACCUGAAGGCGUCGACCAAGUAGGAGCGCUCACUGCCGCCGCCCCUCACAAAAUCAACUUAGACAAAUUUUACUAUUAAGCAUCGUUGAGCGAUCCUCCUCUCCCUCUGCAGAAGAAACUACCAUUAAACCGUUAAUUUAAUUGAUGUACUUGUUAAUUAAUUUAUUGACGAAACGUGAAACCUAAUUUAGUUAGUAAUCGCAAUAAAGGCGUCCGGACGAUUGUUGUCAUCUGUCGGGGCGUUGUACGAUGUGCGUAGAUAAAUGAUUUUGAUGUA